AUGAUCAACACCAAGUACGACAAGCUGCCCUUCCUGCCAGAGACGCGCCUCGAGCAGGUCACAGAGGGCAUCACUCUGAGCCACCCGCUUUCGCGUCGGGGUCAUGGUCCGGGCUUCAUCGUGGUUGUGCCGAGCACGGGUACCGCUGGACCAGGCGUGCUGGCCAUCAAGGGCGGCACGCCAUCGCCCCUGAUGAAGUGGGCCGAAGAAGGGUUUGUGACUGUCGAGAUCACCGAGGCAGCGCUGAGUGCUUCGUCAGACGCGGUCGUCAAGGCCUGUGCGGCUAUUGCGGCGUGCGAGUCUACGCAGGCGGCGGAUCCAGCCGUGUCGAGGGAUGGAGUGGGUCUCGUUGCAUACACAGCUGAGCUGUGGAACAAGGUGGUCUCUCAACUCCCCGCCUCACCUGUAGUCAUCGGCGCUGCCGUGUAUGCCGACGUUAGCGUAGCGUCGAGCCUGGCACCAUCCCCGAUUCCACUAGUCCAACAUCUCGCAGGCAAGGCCGAAGUUGUCCCUCCGCGCACACCCAACCUCACAGCCUACGAUUAUGACACCGUCAGCUCCGCGUCCUUCGCCCUCCCAUUCCAGGCCGACUUCAACUACGCGGCCGAGGGCGUCUCGCACUCGCGGAACCUCACGUUCUUCAAGAAGCUCCUGGGAGGGCCGUACUUUGACCUCGAGGCGCUAUGGGACGAGCACACGUACUACGAGUUUGAGAACAGGUCGCUCGAGUGCACGAUGGGGACGAUGGUGCAGGAGCCAUAUGUCAACCACGUGCCGACGCUCACUGGCGGCAUUGGCCGCGAGGAGCUGACGGCAUUCUAUCGCGAUCACUUCAUCUUCAAGAACCCAGACGACAUUGAGACGGUGCUGCUCAGCCGGUCUAUGGGCAUCGAUCGGGUCAUUGACGAGCAGCUGUUCAAGUGCACGCACAACUCGCAGAUUGACUGGCUUGCCCCCGGGAUCCCUCCUACGGGCAAGAAGCUGUGCAUCCCCAUGACGGCGGUCGUCAACAUCCGCGGCGACCGGCUGUACCACGAGCACAUCUGGUGGGAUCAGGGCACAGUCCUCGCGCAGCUGGGGCUUAUGCCGGAGUACCUGCCGUUCCCGAGCCCGGCAGGAGCUGGCGGAAAGAGUCUGGAGUACAGGGUCCCUGUUGGGGGAGAGGAGACGGCGCGGAAGUUGGAAAUCAAGGAGUCGGUCAAGUCGAAUGAGAUGUUUGCCUUUGUAAUGCGGGUAGUUGAGGAAUGA